AUUUUCUAACGCUUUUUUUUCCAGAUGGAGAUGCGAUGGUACAGGUCUAGCCGGACCUCAUUGCUGACUUAUUGGAUAUUUUUGUUGCAAAUGUUGGAAAGCGCGCGUCGCGGAGCCGAAGGUCACGGACGACUGAUGGACCCGCCCGCCAGAAACUCGAUGUGGAGGUUCGGCUUCCCCAACCCCGUCAACUACAACGACAACGAGCUUUUCUGUGGAGGUUAUGCUGUGCAAUGGGAGCAAAACGAGGGAAAGUGCGGAGUGUGCGGUGACGCGGCUCAUCUCACUGAGCCCCGUCCCCACGAGGCCGGAGGAAUGUACGGAAAGGGAAUCGUGACCAGGCAUUAUAGCGUUGGCCAGGAAAUCGAGGUUGAAGUCGAGUUGACAGCUAAUCACUUGGGAACGUUCGUGAUGAAGCUGUGUCCAAACAACAACCCGAAACAAGAAGCGACUCAGGAGUGCUUCGACAGAUAUCCCCUUUACGUUUCGGAAACCAGAGAAGACAGGUUCCUGAUACCUUUGGACACGGCGAAGAAAGAGGUAUUCAGGUACAGAGUGCGGCUGCCGCCUUAUGUAACCUGCACGCAAUGUGUUCUACAGUGGACUUAUUAUACUGGCAACAUGUGGGGGAUCUGCCCCAACGGCACGGAGGCGGUCGGCUGCGGCAGGUCGGAGACGUUCCGCAACUGUGCUGACGUCAGCGUUAUCACCAGCACGGGCGGCCUGCCCCCCGCCUUCGCCGGCGACCUGCGCAGGGACUACCCCUUCCUGCUCUACUACCGGGACCUCAACAUGCCCAAGUCCAUCUACCCGCUUGUUGUAAGAGACCAAGUUUGCGUUCCGUCUUACGGGUUCCGCAACCUGCCCGGCAUGCUGAGCUGGUGCCAGACCAACUGUCUCCGGUACCCUCCCAACUGCCCCGAAGCUCUCUGCUCUUGCCCUCAAGUUUGCGAGGCCGUAGGCGAGUACGAAGGGCGCGAAGGUGCCGACGUGUACUGCAUGGACCUGUGUAUCGUUUACCCGCCCAAGUGUCCGACGGACAAGUGCCGCUGCUACUAAACCGACCACGGCAACGAGGGACUUUGAUAAAAUAAAAAAAUUAAUAAAAUAAAUUGUUCUUUGACGUCUUCAAGUUUUCUGCUACCCUCAUAUCCCGUACCCUGAGCACUGUCACAGCUGGUGCCAGGACGUUGUUACACCACACAGGAGCAGUCAGCCGCUGCUACAAAUACAAUAUUUGAGAGUUCGGCCACACAUGCCGAGGAAGUUCUCGUUGUCACAUCAAUGGUAAGGGCUUAACAGAAGCCCUCCAUCAAAUAGUGAUUUGAUUCAAUAAAACACUAGGCAGUUCUAUUAAUGUUUUGAUUUGUAUAAUAAAAAUAAAUAAAAUCCACGUGAAGCAAGAAAAUAAAUUUUAAAACUAAAUUAAAUUUUUUGAGUACAUCUUUAUUUGGAUUCAAAGAUCUAAUGACGUCAUCGGAUGUCUACAUCGGUCGAGACCGGAAAUUUGAAGUCAACAAGUCGAUAGUAUAUAAAAGAAUCUUUUUUUUUCUUUUAGUCACGUAUGUUUUAUUUUAUUCAAGUAAAAAAAACGAAAUUAAUAGAAUUCUGCAGCAGUGUGACAUAUUCACUCGAUCAUUUAAUGAAUUAAUAAGUAUGCAUUAAAAUUAAAACAUAAUGAAACAAAUAAAAAAAAACAUUAUGGAGGCAGCUCGCGCUAUUAUUCCGAUGGUCGUAAAGAAAAAAAAAUGUUCUGAAAACAAAAUAUAUUUUUAAAUUCGAAAUUAUUGAAUGCUGGUAAAUGUCAAAAUAUAAAAUUUAAACAAUAACUUUAUGUCUUGCAUAACUAAUGUUUUUUUUUGUUUGUCGUAGUAAGUACCUAAUAUCCAUUUUGGCUCUGGGAGUGGUGUCUUUACACACAGAUCGAUCCAUUUUAUUAUAUAAGUAGCGAACAAAAAUGUUAUAUGUAUAUAAUGAUUUUCUUUUGAUAUUGCUUCUAUUGAGCAAUAUUUGGUAAGAAAAAGAGUUUUGGUAGUAAAUAUAUCUCAUCAAGUUGUAUUAUAUAAUCAUAAUAUGUAAUUUGUAGCUUUAUGUAAAUGGAUAUUUUAUGUAAAUUGAAGGGGUCAAUUCGUAUGUAUGUAAUAUUGAUAUGUUGUGACAAAUAUCAAAUUUAACUUUGUUCAAGCAAAACUGAUUUUGCUAUAGAAUUUGUCACUGGACAGAACUUAAAAUUGUCCAUAUUGAUUUUACAAAAACUUUUUGAUAUUUUUUUAUUGUACAGUCAUGUUACCAUUUAUUUUAAGGUUUAGGUUUAAUUUGAAAACUUGAACAUUCUGAUUUAUUUGUAUUUAAUAAUGACAAUGCCAUAAAAUCUAAAAAAAACUUUAAUGUUAUUCCGUUCGCCAACACAAGAUGCCUUAAUUACGCACAAUAAAGAACCAGUUUACUCAAUUCUUUAUUUGUAUGAUAUGAUUGGUUCAUAUUCGGUUCGAAAAUGUAUUUUUGUAAAAUAAAUG